UGGUUUUACGCGUGUAAAAAAUGCUUUCUAUAGAUAGGAAAAACUGAUUUUGGUGAAAGUUAUGGAAGUUUUGGUUAACAAAAUAUUCAAAAAAUAUUUGUGAUAUUCUAAUUUCCGUAAAAGGUCAAUUUAGCUUGUCAUAAAUAUCAAAUUUACCAUGUCAUAAAUAUCAAAUUUACCUUAAGAACUAUUUAUUCUAAAUUUAUGUUUUAAAUUUAAAUUUGUGAUUAGUCAAAGAUAUCAGAUAAGAUAAUCAAAUAAUGUAAUUAGUCGAUCGAUCUUCCAUGAUUUGUGGCAAUAAGAAUACCAAACGAAGCCAUUGAUUACAUUCAUUACACGUCGUCAAAAACAUCGUGUCUAAUAACAUUACAUUAAUUAAUUGCCUUAAUUGAAGAGAUUAGGGAGAUCGAUUCCCACGUGGAUUGUGAUCGAAGCGAAGUCACAUUUAAUUUAACUGACUUCACAAAUGGUUUUCCCUCGCACGAUAUUCGAAGAAAAUAGAAACAGAUCUUAACUUCAAUCCAGCUUUUCUCCAUCAUUGAUUUUAUUUCCUUGUGCCGUCCGUUUCCAGAAAUAUCUCAAGUUUCUCGAUUCUAAAUUGUGAUUAAAGAGGUUCUUAUAGGGUUUACUAUGGUGAUUGCUUCGAUAGUUAUGGAAUUAGGGAUCGUUUGGUUGGAAAGAGCCGCUUGGAUCGCCGCUUGGAUCGCCGCUAUACUUCCUAUGUUGAUUGCUUCCAUACCCAGUUCAAAGCUGACAUCCUUUCAUCAACUCGUUCUUGGUUUCGCCGGAAGAGGCAAGAUUCUUCAUCUCUCCUCUCAGAAGUGGACAGUUCCUCAAAAAUACUUUGCUCAUUUCUAUGUUGUCGGAGCGGCGUGGACCACUCUUCUGCUAGCAACCACUUGGAUGUAUGCUUGCAAAACAGCCCCUUCAUCCUCAGAGGAGUUCCAUCUUUCCGACAUUGCAUGCCACUUAACCGGAGGUUCCCAUGUUUUCUCCUUUCAUAAAUCGCAUUUGACUCCUGUGGAGCACCGUUUCAAAGUGUGGCGAGCAGUGUUUCUACUUGUUCUGAUGGAAAUACAAGUUCUGAGACGCCUUAUAGAGUCAUUCUACGUGUUCAAGUAUAGCCCUUCUGCUCGGCUUCACAUUCUUGGUUACCUCGUCGGAUUGUUUUUCUAUACAGUAGCGCCUUUAUCACUCUGCGUCAACGUUGCUCCAGAAGUAGCAAGAUUCGCAGCAAGUUUAAUGGCUGAGUUCAUUGCCAAAGGAAAAGGUCAUACCUCGGCCCCUGAGUUUGACAUUUUAUCAGCUUUAAGCCCUCUGAUGAAGCUUGGAUGGUGCCAGUUGAUUGGUGGCGUCAUUUUUCUCUGGGGAUGGUUACAUCAACGCCGCUGUCACGCAAUUCUUGGAUCGCUCCGGGAAAAUCCUAGCCAAGCGAAAGAGUACAUAAUCCCACAUGGAGAUUGGUUUGAGAUCGUCUCCAGUCCACAUUAUUUAGCCGAAAUCGUUUUAUACUUGGGCUUGCUGAUUGCUAGUGGAGGAACAGAGAUAACAAUCUGGUUACUCCAUGGUUUCGUGGUUGGGAAUCUGACAUUAGCGGCUGGAGAAACACACCGGUGGUAUCUCCGAAAGUUUGAGAAUUAUCCGGCUAACCGAAAUGCCAUUUUUCCUUAUGUUUACUAAAUGAUUCAAGGGAGAACACAACUUAACCCAGCUUGUACUGUAUUUGAAUAUUCAUGUUUAGGUAUAUUGUCGCGAUGGGGUUUAUGCUCUGUUAUCCCCUCUUGGCCGUCUGAGAGGUCACAACAAUAUAUGCUCAUCUUAUAAUCGAAGUCGUGAUUUUUUGGAGAAAUCA